CGCAGCCAUUUUUGGUGUUUUGUAAAAUAAAUGUGUUGUGACCUUUACUCGAUACACUUUUUACGACAAUUUUGUUUACAGUGUCGGUUGAAACUCUACUGAUUAUAAAAAGACAGCAAGAUGAGCAAAAGAUCUAAGUUGUCUAAGACGAAGAAGGAGACUUCAGAGGAUAUGGCAAAAUAUAAUGCAAAGUCAAAGAAAUCCUCUUUAAAGCACAAUAGUGUUUUACCUGUAGUGCAAAGUCAGGCCAUGGCACUUGAUUCUGGGGUGUUACCUGUAGUGCAAAGUCAGGCCAUGGCACUUGAUUCUGGGGUGUUACCUGUAGUGCAAAGUCAGGCCAUGGCACUUGAUUCUGGGGUGUUACCUGUAGUGCUAAGUCAGGCCAUGGCACUUGAUUCUGGGGUGUUACCUGUGGUGCAAAGUCAGGCCAUGGCGCUUGAUUCUGGGGUGUUACCUGUAGUCGAAAGUCAAGCUGAAGAAUUACUAGAUUCUGCAGGUUUCUCUGUCAUGAGUCAGGCACAUGAUCUAGAUUCUGACAAUCCAAUAGGAUAUGGAGCUAGAUCAAAGAAAAAGAUGCCGCCGCCACCACCACAACCACCUCCACCACAACCACCACCACCUAAGUCACAACAGAUGUCAGCUCCUGUACCACCACCUGUACCACCAGUGUCUAAUCAGCUAAAGACCACAGCUUCCAUACCACCAACACCAAAGAUAACUGCCAGUGCUUUAGAACUGGAGAGGAAGAAAUUAAAGAAGCCAGAUGAAAUAAAGAAACAAGUCAACCUGGAGCGGUCAGAUUUUUUUGACAUUCACCAGACUUACACACAUAUUCCAUUAUUGGAAGCAAGGGAGUCUCUUAGAAUGUCAACUCUAAAGACAGAGGUUAUUUCAAUAAGCUUUGAUGGGAUUGAACAAAUGUCAGAUGGGUUCCUAUUUAGUUUAUUUCAUUGUAAACUUAACCUGAGUACAGUGAAAUGGAUCUCCUUAACAGGAUGUUAUAACGUGACAGAUGAAGGUGUUUACUGGAUUUCUCAAACUUUCACAAACAUUAAAUCAAUUCAGUUAUCAGGAUGUAACAAGAUAACCGAGAAAUCUAUAAAUUAUUUGAAGAAACUAUCAAUGCAGGAAAUUAUCCUUGAUGGUACAAACUGUGGGGUAUUACCACUUGAUGUAAACCUUGGACAAAACUUUCAGGCUAAACCUCAUGCUCCAAGUGUAACUUUCAAUGGCUGUCCUAUGAUGUCUCCAAUGUUAUCUGAAGUAAACAAGGAAUCAGGCUACAAAUCCUGGUCACCCGGCAACUUUCCAGCAACUCUAAGAAAAUUGGUGAUAUUAACUCCAGAAAACCUACCAUGGAAUCCUCUAGCUAUACUGACCAAUGGUCAAGAUAUCACUGCAAAGUCUGGCCUGUUGUAUAAACAUAACUGGACACCUUUCAAGGACAACAAGAUCAAAGAUGUCAAGUCAUCAGCUGAAAUAUUUAAUGUGUUUCAGAUUACAAGAGGAAAGGGUUUGACAGAGUUGAUCAUGUCUCCAGGUAGCAUUGUUAUACUACCCUACUAUCUACACAAAGAUAUGCCGAAAGCCCCAGCUGCUGAACUGGCAUAUACCAUAAUAUCAAUCUUGUCUAAGUAUGAUGACUGCAGUUUUGUUUUGUGGGGGAUGAGUGAUAGUAAAGACACUAUUGACUAUGAGCAGACAGUAAAGAAAAUGCUGGAGAAUGUAAACAAGUAUUUUAACAAGUGGAUUGACAGACUUGAUGGGUCUAUACGUACAGCUAUCCAUACAAACUGGAGAAUGGCAGCAUUUAACUAUCUUGAGCAAGAUUCCCUGUCACAGGGUGAGAAGAUGCUGCGACACAUGAGGUCAUUGUUAAAUCUUACAACCAGUUCUUUUAAAGUUGGUGAGAAGUUGACCUCAUCAGAUUUGAGAUUUCUGAGUGAGAUAGUUGAAUUAGAUGAAACAAAAUUUCCUUGGAACAGACAAGCAAUGAUGAGUGGAAAAAUGUUAGAAUACAGUGAGGAGCUGAAGAAAUCAAGUAUAAAACUGACAACAGUGUCUGAUGUGCAAAACAAAUGCAAGUUUAAAGGCCUUCCUGAAAGAACAUAUACAAAUAACGUGGCAAAAUUGUUGUCAUAUUCAACACUAUGGGGACAUUGUGUUUACUACCCUGAGUUAGAGACUGCACCAGUUGUUACAGAUUUCCAAUUCUUAGCAGAUAUUAUACAAAAAUUGAUGUUUACAUCUGCACCUCAGACAUGUGACAUUCGUUGCCUUGGAGACAAAAUACCUUGCUGGAAAAAACAGGAUCUAAAAACAGUUUGGCCUGGAGCAUCUGAUGAUGAAAUUAUGUUGUUGUUACGAGUUCUAGAGAAGCAAGGCAUUUUGUUGACAUUUGCAGUAGAUCCAUGGUGCAGUAUACAGGAUGUAUCAUACAUCUUUGUCUUAUAUAAAGAUUUACCAAGUGAAGCUUCAAUGCUGGAAGAUUACUGGCCAUUGACAAAACCUGAUAAAUUUGUUGAAAGGACAAAGUUUUACUUCUGUUGCCCAGGACUACCAGAAUCAUUCUUCCCAAACUUACUCAGACAUGUGUUUAAGCUCGGAGGACCUUCUGUAGCUUGGGAAAGUGGAGCUGUGAUCAUUAAAGGACAUUUAACAAUUCUCAUUGAAAGGAUAUAUGACGUACAGGGACUACCAGUGAUUGUGAUACAAGUUAGAGGACCUGGAAUACAGGAUAUGAGACACUCGGAGGACUGGACAACUCUUAAACUUUACUGUAAUGUGAUGGAUCAUUUAGCAGUGAAGUACAAGCUCUCUGUUGCUAAAACCAUGCCAUGCUUGCAUUGUGAGAAUUCUACUGUUGGUGGUAGGUAUGAAAUUCUAGCUUCUAAGAAACCAGGAAGAUACUUUCACGAGCAUUUAGUACGUGGAGGGGAAAACCGGGAUGUCAAAUGUAAACAUUGCCAUCAUCCAUGUUCUGUCCCACUUCAGCUAGGACCAGGUAUAGAGUUGAAUGACCUUGUACCGUGGCAUGAUCGGGGUGGCAGUGCUGGGGAUACCUCUAACUUUCUCAGUAGAUGCCUCAUGUGUGAGAACUGUGCCAUAGAUGGUAUACAGUGUGAGGUCAAUCUAAAACAUGGCAUUAAAAACUGGAGGUGUGGCUGUGACAGGGAGGGGAUGUUAUGUAAUUAUUGUGGGAUGUGUCAGAGAUGCUUUAUUUAUAUCAAGAUGUCGGUAUCUGUGGUUGAACCGAUGUUUACACCACUUGCAUCAGGUAGAUAUUCCCAUGAUCAACUUGUAGCUAAUGAUGAGGUCAGUGUGACAGAGAAGGGAAGUGUAGUAGGAUUGUUGACAGCUGAAUCAGAGCUGAUUGUAAAGAGCUGUAUAUUGACACCAAACUAUUGUCCAGACAUUACUCUAACAGUCAUAAAAAAUGCCCACUUUAAACUCAGUCUUCUUAUGGAUAGAAAAGAUGAGCAGGGAUUACAGUAUUUCAGUGACAGUGGUAGAGUGAUGGAAGUUCUAGAAGAAAAGAUAGAGAAAGAGUUACUAGGGAAAGAUACAUUCCGUACUUGUAAAGAUGGUGAUACUAUGAAAGUAUCGUUACGCUACCUGAAAGGCACAUAUAAAAUGAUGAAGUUAUCAUUACAUCUCAAUGGUACUGUCAUAUAUAGCAAAGAGAUGAAAGCAAUACAAGUGAAAGUAAAACUUAAUGCUUUAAGUAAUGAUGGUGUUUUCCUACAAAUAACUACACCAGGAAAGUUCAUAAAGAAACAGACAGAAGUAAAGAAGAAUGAGAAGAAAAAUUGUGGUGAAGCUGUUAAAGGACUAACAUGUGCUUUGGAGAUGAAGAUGUAUAAUAUGUUAGAGUCAAUGGAGAGUGUUUGUUUUAACGGUCGAGGUUUAAGCCUGUCCGGUUCUGCAUGUGUAACUCUGCCAUCUAAGCUCACAUUACAGAAUCUUAAAUACCCGAAACAAAGCUUGUUUAAUGAGGUCAUAUAUCACCAUCUGUGUCUUACAUGGAACCCUGUAGCAGGUCGUGCAACACUUUCUGUACGUAAUCAAGGAGAAGCAAUGAUUGCUGAUCGUAGAAAGUACAGUACAUGGAACAUGAAGCGUCUUGUACAUUUUAGUGAUGGUAAAGGUAUACAUGACAGUGAUGUAAACAGUAAAGAAGAUUUGGUGCCAGUAUUGUGGAUGUGGCAUUUUAUUAUGACUACAUACCCUGAGAUGAUACUGCCUGGUACAACUCAAAAUUUGUUUCCAGACAAUUUUCUGACAGACAAGAACCAGAUACAGGUGAAGGAAGGACUGCGUGCUCUCGUCAUGGCAGGAUUCUGGAAACAUUUCAGCGAGUUUGAUAUCGGUUCUUUGGAGGAUAUGUUUCAGAAGAACUCAAAAGGCAUCCUAAUGUUUACUGGAGGAAAUCCAAUAGUGAAGAGCUCUUUGGAGUUACAAGAGAUCCUACAGGAGAACAUAGACAAGACAGGUUUAAAACAUGUAUAUAGCAAAUUCAACAAAAAUAUCAAUCUGUAUUUAUGCCCAGGACAUGCUAACUGUAUGUGUAUGAAGGAUAACUUAGUGGAGGUGUUACCUGAACUAUAUGGACAUUACUCAGAAUUCCUGUCUUUCAUAGAUCUUGGUUACAACAAUCUAACUGUUAUACCUGAAAACUUCUUCAACAGCUUACCAAACUUGCUGGAUUUUAAAAUAGCUCACAAUUUCAUCAGUGAAAUACCAGCAUCAGUAAAGAAUUGUAAGAAGUUAUUGAGUUUGGUUGCCAUGGAGAACAACAUUGCAGAUCUACCUGAUAGUUUAUCAGAGUUGACUGCCCUUCAAAUUCUUGAGCUUGGAAAUAACUGUUUCCCUAAAGUACCGAGUGUUGUUACAAAGCUUACCAGUUUAACUAAGCUAACUUUCCCAUACAUGAUGCUCACAGAAAUGCCAGAUGAUAUAGGUAAUCUUGUCAACUUGAAGUACUUACAUGUUCAUGGUAAUUGUUUUACCAAGCUACCCAGUAGCUUCACCAAACUAGUUAAUCUGGAAGAGUUCCUAUGCAAUGGUGUUCAGUGGGCCAAGUUAAGCUCAUCUCAGGACCAUGUUUCCUAUCAAGAGUUCAACUAUUUCCUACAAAGGAAGAUUGACAGAUGGCUGGAAGCAAAUGGAAAGGAUAAGAGGGAAUUAUUUCACAUGUUUGAUGAGAAUAGUAAUGGUGUGUUAGAUAUUAAAGAAAUAGGCAAACUAAAUGCUGCUAUAUUUAAUCUAUUUCCACGUCUUGGAUACAAAGGGAAAGAGCAGCCAGAUGAAUCUACCCCUGAUGGUUUUCCCAGGGAGAUAUUAAGCUGUACAAAGUUGAAGGUGUUGAUACUUGCGAACCAAGGAAUUACCCGGAUACCACCAGAGAUCUGUCAGCUAACAAACCUGUAUGAACUGAACCUCACUCACAACCCAAAUCUACUCUCUGUACCUGCAGAAAUUAGCCAGAUCAAAUCAUUAAAAAAGUUAGACUUGGAUGAUUGUCCAUUACUGAAGACACCUCCACGUGAGAUACGAGAUAAAGGUUUUCACUCAACAUUUGCAUAUCUACAGAGGUUGUUGAGUGGAGCAGUUCUCAGUAAAAGAACUAAACUAAUGUUAGUGGGGCUUGGUGGAGCCGGGAAAACUAGUUUAGUGAAGGCUCUAUUGAGUGAAGAUGGUGUAGCUAAACUAAAGCAAGGGGAAGAUAUCACUGAUGGUAUUGAUAUUCAGACAUGGCAGGUGAAACAUGAAGAGGAGAAGAUAACAUACAAUAUUUGGGAUUUUGCUGGACAAACAGUUUACUAUAAUACACAUCAGUUUUUCCUGUCUGCCAACAGAGCUAUAUAUUUACUGCUAUGGAACGUACGACUGGGGCAUGAACAUGCAGGAUUAGAUUUUUGGUUGAGCUCAAUCUCUGUUCAAGCUCCAAAAGCUCCUGUAUUUGUUAUAGGAACUCAUAUAGAUCAGGUCAGCAAGUCUGAGCUACCACUAGAAGAAAUGCAGCAAAGGUACCCGCAAGUGGUCGGCUUUCAUUUUAUAAGCUCAUACACUGGACAGGGUGUAAGUUCACUAAAGUCAAGUAUAUUUGAUGUGACACUACAGCAACAAUAUAUGGGUGAACAUAUACCAGCAGUAUGGCUAACAUUUGAGAAUAACAUUGAAGUAAUCAAGAAGAAGAACGACAUUGUGACAUACAAUGAGAUAGAAUUGUUAGCCAACAAAUCUGGUAUCUUUGAACCUUCUGAGAUAUUUCAAGCAGUUCAGUUUCUUCAUGACUUGGGAAGUGUCCAACAUUUCACAAAUGAGUAUUUAAAGUCUAAUGUUGUGAUAAAUCCACAGUGGAUUGUAGAUGUGAUGGCAUGUGUAGUGUCUGUGAAAAAUGAUUUCAUUAAAAAUGGUCGCCUUGUUCAUGAUGAUAUUGACAAGGUAUGGAGUGCUUACCCAAAGAAACUAAGAUCCUGGCUGCUACGACUUACUGAAGAGUUUGACUUGACCUUCCAGCUUAAAGAUCAACCUGUCAACCUUGUACCAUGUCUACUCCCAGAAAAAAAACCAGAGUUUACAUGGCCUGAGAUUGAGAGAGGUUCAGAUAUUAGGGAGAACAAGAUGGUGUAUACAUUUGAGUACCUCCCUGCUGGACUCUUCAACAGAGCACAAGUAAGACUUCAUUCUCUGUCAGAUAGUGCACUCAUCUGGAAGAAAGGUUCUUACCUUAUAAAGAAUGUCCAUGUUGCUUUACUACAACAUGUUAGAGAUUGUGAGAUGGUUGUAACAGCUCAAGGACCAAGACCAGAGAAUAUCCUGUUUCUUAUACAUGAAGUAUUUGAAGGUCUCAUUGCAGAAUCUUUCCAUGGUGUGACGUAUGAUUUUACAAUGCCAUGCCCAGAAUGCCAGGCAAUGGCAGUGAAAGACCCGCACAUGUUUGCAGCUUCAACAAUACGUAGAGCACUGGACAUGCAGGCUCCGUUCCUUCAGUGUAUAAAAUACUUCCAUACUAUCUCAUGUUCUGCUCUUCAGACAUUGUUGCCACCAGACAGUCACAGUGACUUUGAUGCACAGUUGGUACAGUGUGUACAAGGACUCAAACAUUUACGCAAAGAUUUAGCUGCAGAUAUAUUUAUUUCAUAUUGUGGUAAAGAUAAUCUAUUGAAUAAAUCUUCCUUCAUUGUGCCAUCCAGAGUUCACAGUGACCUUGUAAAUAAAGGAUACAAGUGUUGGUGUAAGACUGAGGCUAACAGUCAGUCCACGGAUGAUAUGGCCAAAUCUCUGAUAGAUUCAUCUGUAUUCAUUGCUUUUAUCUCCAUGAAUUAUGCUGACGAUAUAGACUGUGUCAACAUUUUCAAAUAUGCUAGACUGAUAUUAAAGAAAACAAUUGUUGUUGUUGCUAUUGGUGAUGGAUUUGAAUGGAAGCAAAGUAAACUUGGAAUACUUUUAUCAGAUGAGGUUUUUGUAAACAUGACAAAGGGGAAGUUUCAGUAUUAUGACAGUAAGUUUGAUGAAUUAAUCAAGACAUUGAAAGAUAAGUCUAAUGUUAGUACAGAAUCUGAUGCUGACCCAAAACCUCAGGUUUUCUUCAGUUACACCUGGGUCAACUCGGCACAGGCUGUGACACUGGGAACAAGGGAGGUUCCUGGUGCGUUAGGUUACGGAGAUCCAAGGGAACUAAAAUCAUUCAUAGAAGAGCAUGGUGUAAGAUGUUGGAUAGAUGUAGAACGUGUUGGAAUGAAUGGACUGUUUGAUGAUAUAGCUGAAGGGUUAUUGAGUGCUAAAGUUGUGGUAGUUUGUGUAUCAGAUGAAUACGCAAGCUCAUCCACAUGCCAGAUAGAAUUCCGUUAUGCUGCCAACACUCUUAGAUUACCAAUUAUAAUGGCUGUUGUGGGAACAGGUGAUAAUUGGAGAGCUACAGAGGUGGGACUGACGUCAGUUUAUUACCCUAUAGUAAAUUUUCAAGAAAAGACCAAAAAUGCAAAGCAGAAGUUACUUAAACUGGUUACAGAAAAAUUAUCUGAUAAAGAUGACGCCACAACUACAAAAGCUCAGAAAAAUAUAUCAAAUGAAGAGCAUAAAAAUCUCUCAUAUCAGGAGCUGUUUGAGUUAGGUCAGAGAAGGUUAUUACGUCAGCUAACUAUGUAUGCUGAGAACCAGGACUUGGAUGUUUAUCCUAGAGUAUUUGUUGUAGACUUUGUCAAAGAUGAAGAUUUUGAUGGGCAAAAUGUUGAUGAAGAUAAAGAAGGAGAAGAGGAGAAAAAAGAUAUAGACCAAGAGAAAAUGAUGUUGACUAGAGAAAGAACACUUCACAAGGAACUUUUGUCUAAAAAAACUUCAGUGCUGUUACCUGCCUACAGACUGCAGAAAUAUUGUGUACAUACACUUUGUGAACAUGAUGAGGGUUGGCAUAGUGUAUCUGAGCCACUAGAAUUAGAAGCUGAUUUUGGUGUUACAAGUUUAGAUUUGUAUAGUCCAUACAUCUCUAGAUUAACAACAGUUACCAAAUACAACAAAAAACUCGUCCUCAAUUGUUUAACUGAUGAAGUUGGAGAGGCGUACAUAGACUGGCUAGAAAAGAGUCCAGAAGCUACGAUGUCAGAUUACCAGAAUGUGUAUCAUAGUUUUAGAGAGAUGGUACAUAGACUUGAUACAGAUAGUAAGAUGGGCAAUCUUAGCAGAUGCCAUUUAUCAAAUGGGAAAACAAUCUGGCUGUGUGAUAAACAUCGUGAUUCUAUGAAAGUUACUUGUUUAAGUAAUGAUGAUAAAAGUGUCAAUCUAACUAAAGAUGCAGAUAAUAAAGUAACAAAUUGGAUGCUGACAGGUUUGCGCACAAUGGAACAACAACUUUUUGAUUUCAAGUCAGUUGGAAAUGCUCCCCGUCCAAAAUCAGAAAUGAAGAAAGGUGCAGGUAAGACAAAUAAAGGGGCAGAUAAUAGUGAUAAACGUUCCAGUAAGAAAUAUAAGAAAGGAAAUAAACCAGACAUGAAAACUGUUGAUAAACCUGUGGAUGAUGAAAAUCAAGAGAAAACAAACAAACCCUCUGUUAACAUACCCUCAGUUGACACCAGUGGAAAUGAGAAACAAAAAGAAAAGAAAAUAAAAGAGGUUCCAGGGGCAUCAGGACAAAUGUCAGAAAGUAAUAAAGCAUCGAGGCAACUGUCCGAUGAUAAUACCUCUGUUACAUCAGAAGCAUCACAGUUAUCAGUACAGAGCUCAACAACAGGACAUCAUAAAUCAAGGAGACAAAACCUACCUGGACAAUCUAAAUAUAAACCUCCUUCUUAUAAACAAACUAGCAGAGCAUGUGAAAUAUCAUAAACAGUUUGAGAGAUGUUUGUCUAGCCUGAUAUUGCUAGUUCAAAUGGACGGAAGUAUGAGGUUAACCUGAUAUUGCUAGUUCAGAUGGACAGAAGUAUAAGGUUAACCUGAUAUUGUUAGUUCAAAUGGUCAGAAGUAUGAGGUUAACCUGAUAUUGCUAGUUCAAAUGGUUGGAAGAAUGAGGUUUUCAAUUGUUUUUGCACAUGCUAAUUAGUGAAUCAUUCUAUAUGUAAUUUAUGUUCCCUUACAUUUGUUAUAAUUGAUAUUUCUUGAAAAAAUUGAAAUCUAAUAUAUGCAUUAGAAAAUAGUGGUGCAAUGUUGCAGCAAAUGUUACAUUUCAUAGACCAGGUGCAGAUCCAGUAUUUAUAGCAGAGGAUGUCAACAAAAUUUUAACAAGGGGUAAUACAAAUUAAUGAGGUAUUUGAUAGUUUUCUAGAAAGGAUACAAUAUGAUUUUUCUACAAAAUAAUAUCCAAAUGGGAGGGUGUUGGGGAUUGUCAUUAUCCUUAAAACUCAUCUUGAACUGUGCAUGUUGAAUGUAGCUACUGUUGAAUUUCAAAAUGUUGAAAACCCUACAAGAUUUUGAUAGCAAUUUUAUUUUGAUAUGUUUAGUUUAUUUAAGCUAGAUUGUAAGUUUUUGUAUCUUAUAUCAAUCAUUUUCAUUUCUAGUUUGCUUUCUUGAAUUAUAAUAUAAUGUGUAUUAUAUUUGUGAAAAGUUACUGUUUAUAGCACGCCCAUGACUAAAUCAGACAGUCAAACAUAUUGAUGAUUUUACAUUUACGAGAUAGCAAUGCUUGAAAUAGUUGAUAUUCUCAAUCAUAUAUUUUGAUCACAUAUUUUAGAACAUGUUACAGUUUAAGUGUCCCACAUCAUAGUACGUAUCAUAUAGUUAAUGUCAUGAAAUUUUUUUAUCAAUCCAACACCUUGUUCACACUGUGCUACCAGGCAAACAGGAUUUUUAUUUUGAUCAAAGGUAAUUGAUUAAAUUCAUAAACAAUAUUUCCAAAUUUAUUCUUGUAAAUUAGACAAGUACAUCUGUUACCAAUGUUAGAUAGGACAAUCAAAUGCACACUAUAAUUUAUGUAUAAUUGUCAAGUUGAUAAGAUCAUGCAAUAUUUAAUACAAUGUCUUUACUUGUUUUAUAUAACACAUGUAUUUCAAUAUUGUAACAGUGAUAUGUUAUAUGAACUGUAAUUUGUGAUAUACAAUGUUUAUUAUGAAAUAUGUUACAUUAAUUUAUAAUUUUUUACCUUAACAUUGUAAUUUUUUAUAUAUAUUUUAUAAUUUGUUAUAUAUAUGUUAUAUUUCUUUUACAUAUCUAUUGUAAAUUUUAGUAACUUUCACUAAAUCUGUAAUGACUCAUCCAUUUGAUAUAUCUUAAUCUGUAAUAAUUCACUCAGUUAUUAUAACUGAACUGUAAUAAGUCAGCAAGUUAUUACAGGUACAUCUAUAAUGACACAUCCAGUAAAUAUAGUCACAUCUGUAAUAAUUCAUCUGUAACAAUUCAGCCAGUUUAUAUAGCUGCAUUUGUAAUAACUAAUAUAGCUGCAUCAUUAAUGAUUCAGCAAGUUGAUAUAUAUCUAAAUCUGUAAUAAUCCAUCCAUCUGCAUCUAUAAUAAUUCAGCUGUAUCUGUGAUAAUGCAGCCAGUUUAUAGCUGUAUCUGUAAUUAUUCAGCCAGUUUAUAGCUGUAUCCAUAAUAAUUCAGUCAGUUAAUCUGGUAAUUCAGCCAUUUAAUAAAGCUGUAUCUGUGAUAAUGCACCCAGUUUAUAGCUGUAUCUGUAAUUAUUCAGCCAGUUUAUAGCUGUAUCCAUAAUAAUUCAGUCAGUUAAUCUGGUAAUUCAGCCAUUUAAUAAAGCUGUAUCUGUGAUAAUGCAGCCAGUUUAUAGCUGUAUCUGUAAUUAUUCAGCCAGUCUAUAGCUGUAUCUGUGAUAAUUCAGCCAGUUUAUAGCUGUAUCUGUAAUUAUUCAGCCAGUCUAUAGCUGUAUCUGUAAUUAUUCAGCCAGUUUAUAGCUGUGUCUGUAAUUAUGCAGCCAGUCUAUAGCUGUAUCUGUCAUAAUUCAGCCAGUUACUCUUAUAAUUCAGCCAGUUUAUACAGCUGUAUCUGUGAUUAUUAAACCAAUUAUAUGGAAUAUUUUCUCUCAUGAAACUAGUCUAAUUUUGAGUUGCUGAUUUUUUUCAUUAUUGUUUUUACGUGUUUGCAUUUACUAGUAAGAUUUUGUAGUUUUUUUUUUUGAUCAUUCAUGAAAUUUCGUGUCUUUAUAUUAGGGUUAGGUUUUUAUUGUUGGAUUGAUAUUUAUGAAGACUUUUUACUUAUCUUAGAAACUGUUUCACCAAAAACACCAAUUUUAUAUGACUUUGAAGCAUUUACUUUUGUUGUUACAAUUUGAAAUAUUUAUUUGUAAAAUGUGUCUUUAAUUUAUUUUGUAUGAAAUUAAAAAAAAUGAUUAAAAGUAAAUUAAUAUUAUUCCUACAUUUAGAAACAAAACUUGAUGAAAUAUGUUUAUAGUGUAAAGUAUAUCAUUUAUAUACUUAUGUCAUUUGUGAACUUUUGAUCUAUUUACUUAUUUUACUUAUUUUAGAUUAGCAUAAACAAACAGUUCGUAAUUUAGUAUAAUAUAAACAUUCAGUUUAUAACAGAUAAUAAUAUGAUACUGACCGUACCACUUAUUUUAUAUUGUGACUAUAUGUGUGAUAGAGAAAGUUACAUGGUUUUGACAUCUCCAUGACUAAGAUACUCACGUAGAUCGUAUUGUACCUAUGUUUAUAUGAUGGCUAUAUUCUUGACAAGUUUUUAUUUAUAAUAAAAACACUAUUAACAAAGCU